AACUACUUGUACAUAAAGGACUCUUCUAGUUUUAUUUAUUAUUUUUUUACGGUUGAGAAUAUGCUAUUGUUAAGCAAUUAAGCUUACUUCAUUUUGUCAUUAAAGCUCUUCUAAUGCUUAUCGUGUGCUUUUUUUAAAACUGUAAUUCAUUGGCAAAAAAAAAGAAAAAAAAAUGACUUCUCAAAAUUCUGAAAGUCAAGAUGGCAAAGUUGCUUCAAGUCAUCGGAAUAGAAAAAUUAUGAAUAUCACUGUUUAUUUCUUAGAUGAUUCCAGUCAUAUAUUUCAAUUACAGGCAAAAAGUUUGGGACAGCUUUUGUUUGACAAAGUAUGCAAAUUCCUUAAUUUACUAGAGGUAGAUUACUUUGGUCUGGAAUACGAAGAUGAUAAGAAAGCUAAGUGCUGGCUAGAUGCUCUGAAGCCAUUAUGUUCACAAAUUUCCACAUCAUUCCCAACAAUGUAUUUCUGUGUCAAAUUUUAUACACCUGACCCAGUGCAAUUAGAGGAUGAAUUCACCAGAUACCUAUUUGGACUGCAAGUGAAAAAGGAUCUUAUAAAUGGGCAUUUGCAGUGCAAUGACAAUACAGCUGCAGUCAUGAUAUCUUAUAUUGUUCAAGCUGACUUUGGUGAUUAUAAUCCAGAAAAAUGCUCUGAUGGUUCCUAUAUAUCUGGAUGUAAAUUUGUUCCAUUUCAAGAUGCUGAACUUGAGAGGAAGGUAUUAGAAAAUCAUAAAAAGAUUAUAGGUCAAACACCUGCAGAGGCAGAUUUGAACUUGUUAGAAACUGCUCGACGAUGUGAAUUAUACGGCAUCAGGAUGACACCUGCCAAGGAUCCGGAAGGAGUGCCUUUGAAUCUGGCAGUUGCACAUCUAGGUGUUCUUGUAUUUCAAAACUUUACAAAGAUAAACACUUUUUCUUGGGUUAAAAUUAGGAAACUAAGUUUUAAAAGGAAAAAGUUUCUCAUUAAGUUACACCCUGAAGGUUAUGGUUAUUACAAAGAUACAGUAGAAUACUUUUUUGAAAGCCGCAAUGAAUGUAAGAAUUUUUGGAAGAAAUGUAUUGAAAACCAUACUUUCUUUCGGUGUACAGAUGCAAAACAAGGAAUGAGACAGAAGCCAAAAAUAUUUAGCAGAGGGUCAUCAUUCAGAUAUAGUGGAAGAACUCAAAAACAAGUGUCUGAAUAUGUCCGAGAAAACUGUUUCAAAAGACAACCUUUCCAAAGGUCUACAAGUUUACGUACACCUUCUUCACCAUCUAGGAGUAUUGGUGCUCCUCUUUCCCCACAGCCGCUAUUACCUGUCACCAGCCUUUCUUGCGGAUCCAUAUCAGACAUAUCUAAGGAAGCUCUUCCACCACAGAAGGUUCAUUCCACUUCUGAGCCCACAACUCCCCAUAUUGCUCCUGAACUCCACAAUUCCAUCAAUGAUCAAUGUUCAGGAACGCCCGAUACUCCUGCUUCGGGUCCAGUAUCCCCAGAUGGUGAAUAUGGUAAUGAAUAUUACUCACAAGAUACUGAUGAUAACAUCUCUCAUGACUCAUAUCAUGUGCUUGAAAAGGAAUUUGCUAAAACUAACUCCAACUGCAUGCCUACUAACAAUGAUAAAACCUCUGAUCAAAAAGAUCAAGAGGAGAAGCUGUCUGCUGACAACAAUGAUGGUGAUGAUGAUGGUCAAGACAUUCCAGACCAUCAAACUGAAAAGAAUAACAAUAAGCCUACAUCACAGUUGAUUCAGCAGAAUGGAACCAAUUUUAAGACACAGAUCAAUAACGUCUUGAAUCAUUCAAAUAAAUCUCCUUCUUUCAAUACUGACUCAUUUCAACCUGAAGUUGAAAGCAUUUAUAAUCAAGAGAAUUUGUCACAACUAAAAACUUGUGCUUCCAUUGAAUACAUUCCAAAUAGGACAUUGAGCACUAAUUCUAUUAGUCGCCUCUCUGCCGAUACAAGCUUUGAAGAUCAUCAGAAAAAUAUUGAUUCAAAUUACUUAGAUGAUAAUCAUGUAAAGAAUGUUGAUGAGAGUUAUAAUGUGCUACAUGAUGUACAACAGAAUUUUGGAUCAUCAACUUUUUAUGUCAGCAGUCCAUAUGCUGUUAGACUUGCUAAUAAAAAAAGGUCUCUUUCUGAUAAAACAUAUUGCUUAGCUAAAGAACUCUUAAUGACUGAAAGGACAUACAGAAAAGAUUUAGAAAUUGUUGAUGUUGUAUUUCGAGAGGAGUUUUAUGCUCAAACAGAGGUGCAGUCCGAAGCUGCUGAAGAGAUGUUAUCCAUUAUAGACCCUCUAUAUGAGAAGCAUUGUUCUUUGCUGAGAGACUUAGAACAAAGACUAGCUUUCUGGGAAGGCAGACCUGGAAAUCGGGGUUCCCCAGGUAUCAAAGGUGUGAGUGAUGUUCUGCUUUUGCAUAAAGGAAUGAUAGAAAUCCAUUCUAUAUAUCUAGAAAAGCUACCAGAUGUUCUAAAACUCAUUUUUGAGGAUCUUCAGGACAAUGAGAAAUUUUGUGAAAUGUAUAAUAUGUUUGAGGCUCAAAAAAUAUGCUAUUUGCCUUUGACUUCUUUCCUUUUGAAACCAGCUUUUCGUUUACUAUAUUAUUACAAUUUGUUAAAAGAUUUAUUAAGCUGCUACAACAGUCAACAUCCAGAUUUUGACAACUGUGUUGGUAUGCUAAAUGAAUUGAAAAAUCCUUGUGAAAACUUGGAAAACAAAAUUGCACCAGUGAUGAAUUUCACUAAGCUUAUGGAAUUGCAACGAAGUCUGAUUGGAUUUCCAAAACUGGUUGAUAAAAACAGGAAUUUCAUCCGAGAAGGCUGUUUAUUUAAACUCACAAAGCAUGGAAGUCAUCAACACAUGUUUUUUUUGUUUUCUGAUGUUAUUUUGUACACUGUGCACAUCCUUGAUGGUCAGUUACAGUUCAAAGUUCAAGGUAAACUUCCUACCUCAGGGCUGAAAGUGGAGGAAAUCCAGCCUAUGCAUGGAAUGAACCAUUGCUUCAGCCUGUGCACUUCUGAAAAACAUAUCAUAGUUGGUGCACCUUCUGCCCGAGAGCAUUCCAAGUGGCUUCAGGACUUGCAGCGUUGUGCCCUAAACAAGACUUCAUCUAGUCAUCCAUUAAAUAUAGAAAGAUGUGAUUCAAGUGUUGAAAGUGAUGAUAUAAAGAAAGUGGAGUCUCAUCUUGUCAAUACUUCCAUCCAUGUAUGCUGGCACAGGAAUAUUAGCAUCAGCAGCAAUGAUUUAUUGCUCUCAAUGAAGCAUAGUCUCAGCGGCUAUCUUUUACGAAAAUUUAAAAAUAGCAGUGGUUGGCAAAAAGUAUGGGUUGUACUUGCAAACCUUUGUCUCUUUUUCUACCGAUCUUAUUUAGAUGAAAGUCCUCUUGCUAGUCUGCCUCUGGCUGGCUAUAAGAUAAAGCAUACAACAAAUGGAGAUCUGGUUUUUGGUGACUGCAUUUUUAAGCUAGUGUUCAAAACUCAUGAGUAUUUCUUUACAGUGGAAAAUAAACACACAUUUGAAAGAUGGAUGGAAGCAAUCAGUGUGUGUACAUUAAUGGAUGAGGAAAAUACCCGACUGUAGAAACUCUUACAUCAUGAAAAUCUGCACAUUUAUAAAAGUGCAUUAUCUUUUGUUAUUAUUUUGCAAAUAUAUCUUAUUUUCCUUUCAUUGAAGUGACUGUGAUCACUACUUUUACAUUCUAAAUAUAUUUUUAUAAAACAGUUUAUUUUUGUAAAUUUUAUACAAAACUUUGUAUAAUAUUCUUUAAAAAAAUCAAAGUUUAUGAUAGUUGGUAUAAAGAGUUACUAUGCAAGAAAUAAUUUUAUUUUUUUCUUAAUAAAGAAAUUAUUUUUAUUUUUAAGAUUGUUUAAGUAAUAUAUUUUUCAAAUAUAUUUCAGUUAUUUUUUUUUUUAACUAUUUGUUUCUUAUUGUAAAAAUUAUAAGCUUGUAGCUUCAUUAUUUUGAGAAAUAUGAUUUAUUCCAUUUACCUUAAUAACUGCAUUUUGAUUUUAUUUCGUCUUGAAUUCUGUUUUAUGUGGGUGGUAAAUAAAAUGAUGCUGGCCUGGCAAGAGCCUUUGUAGGGGUGGUUGUGUUCCAGAUUUUUUAACUUUCAAAAUCUGAAAUUUUCUAAUUUUUUUUAUUGAAGCUUAUUAAUUUUCUUGGAUUUUCUCUAAUUAGACUUAAUAUUUAAUUAUGAUAGCCUAAUUUAAAAAAUUUCUAACAGUAAUUUGUCAGAUGUGCCAAUUUGGGCAAUUUCGGUGGCAACUCUAAAAGCAUGGAAAAUUGAAUAUUUCUGUAUAUUUCUCUUUCUUCUUGUCCCUAUCCAAGAUGGUGUUGAACUUGGUGGCAAUUUCUGAACAUAAUCCUUAUCUGGAAGAAAUAUAUCAUCAUAACAUUUGAGUUAAUUUUGUUUGGAAUUUUAAAGAUUCAGUUUCACAAAAAUUGAUUUUUUUUUCUAAAAUAAGAAUAUUUACUAUACACAUAUUUAAUUUUCAUUAGUAGUCUUGGGAAGGUUAGUUUUAUAGGAAAAGAAAUUAAAGCAAAACAUGCAUUAAAUGAACUGAGUAAAAUGAAAAAUUAUUUAAAAUAUGGCAAUUGCUUUCAGUAUCCAAGUUGCUUACUUUUGGCCAUGAGUGAAACCUUCCUACAUCCACAUAUAUUUCUUGAAAUUACUUAUCAGUCUUUCAUUCUAUUCUUACUGCUUAGACAUUCCUUGUUUAAUAAAUGUAUUCUGAAAUUUAAUUUAUUUUAAACCAAGUGAAUAUAGAAAUCAGUUUAAUUCAUUUUCAUUCUUGUGAAUCCUUGCAGAUAAUUUUUACAAUAGUAAAAAUAGAAAUACUAGUCAUUCUGAUUAUAAACAUUUUGUGUAUUUUACAUUGCAAGGCCACAAAAGUUAGUGACAAUUUUUUAUUUCUUCUUUUUGCAAAUCAGUGCAUGGUUGAAUAUAUUGAGUUAAUUAUAAGGAGUUAUAGAAGAGAAUAUAAGGAGUUCAUUUAAUAUAUAUAUAACUCCAUAUUUAAGGUUUACCAUCUUUUAUUUUUUCUAUUCAUUCCCUCCCCCUUCGUUAUGCAUUGAUUUUUGUGAUGCUCAGUUUUUAAAAUACAAAAUUUAGCUUUUACUAAAAAUUAUAAUCAUGAAUAAUUAUAAUAUAUGCAAAGGAAACUAUAUCCGAGAUUAAUGCUGUGUAGAAUAGACUGUUCAGGACAAAGCUGCCAUGUAUUUGGCAUUUAUAUUUCUUAUUGCCAAUGAAAAAGAAAUAAGCUUUUAAAAACUGUUUUUGCUUUACAGAUAAUUUUUUUGCUUCAUGGGGUUUAAUCAAAUGAAUUAUGUUGCAUUUUUUUAAAAAUUACUUUUACAUUUUUUUUUAAAUGAAUUUCUAUCACAUUUGCCAGCUUCAUCAUGUAAUAAUGAAUAUAUUUGAACUUGGUGUGUAGCUUGCUUUAGUAUUUUAAUGAUAAAGAAAUAUUUCAAUUUAAUAAACUGGUUAUUAAAAAUUUCUAGUAUUUAUUAAAUCAGUAUAACUAAAUUUAAUCAAAUGUUUUUAUGAAAAAAUAUAUUAGGAUUGUUUGAAAGCUUUGUGAACUUUUGAUUCUAAUUCACCAUAAACUGUCAAAUUCAGCAGUUUUGCAAGCAAAAAAAUUUCAUAUUUCAUCUUAUAAUUUCAUGUCACAUUUUGUGAUACAAAUAUAGUUGUAAAAAAUAAUUUGAUAUAAAAAUAUAUCAAGGUUAUCUCUUCAUGAAAAUUAACUAUUUUGAUUGAACAAGAAAAAUAAGCUAAAAGACUACUUAAUAUUGAAAAUAUUCUUUAAAAGAAUUAUUUGUGUUAUAUUUUUGGAAUUUCUCACAUUUAUCUGAAAUUUACGGUUUAAUGCACAUGUAUUUCUGUUAUGACCUGUUAAUUUCAAAUCUUUAUAACUUCUUAAGUUUAGAAUACAUUAUCUUUUGAUUAUUUAAGACGUUAUAUGAAUAAAUGUAUUUGUUUCUAACAAAAAUAAUUAUUUUAAUUGCAGUAUCAUCCAAUAAAAUGUUAUUCACUCUUUAAGCUUUCUUGUUCUCUUGAGACUGCCUUGUUAACUUCUUCUAAAAUUUGUACAUAGGAGAUCUGCAUUUUAGAGUUGUUCUGCCUCCCCCAUUUUCAACAGUUACACUGCACUAAUUUAUAUUCCAUUUUUAGGAAGUAUAUAUUGUUGCACAUUGUAAAAGAUCUUAAUAUUUUAAUAUAAUUCUACAGUCAAGAGAAUCUUCAAUUCUUUAUUUGUGAGGAGGCACUUAUUUGUUUAUUUUUAGCUUUAUGUAACUACUGAUGUUUGUUUAUGAAAUAAAAUGUUUUAAUAGUUUUA